ACGAAACGCUGGGGUAUCCCUGGUCGGAGGGGUGCGGGGAGGAUGGAGCAUCCCUGGCUAUGGGGGGAUAGGUUGGAAGCAUCCCUGGUUUUGGGGCAUGGGGGGGUGGGUCGGAGCAUCCCUCGUUUUAAGGCACUGGGAGGUAUGCAGACCAUCCCUGGACUGGGACAUGGGUUGGGAGAAAUCCGGAGCAUCCUUGGUUUUAUGGACAGUAGGAGUGGGGCGAUCCAGAGCAUCCCUGGUUCUGGGAUGCCAAGGGGAACCACCGGAAUAUCCCUGAUCUGAGGGCACCGGAGCUAACUGGGAUAUCCAGACGGGGGAUGGGGCAGGGAGCAUCCCUGGCUUUGGGGGAUGCACCAAGGGACCUGGCGCUGACAGCACCGGUGUCCCUGCAGCCCAGUGGCACGCGCGUGCCGAUGGAGAUCCUUCUGCUGAAGAAAGUGGGCACAGAUUUCCGCGGCAUCAUCCGCCUCCUCGAUUGGUUUGAACGUCCCGACAGCUUUGUGCUGGUGCUGGAGCGGCCAGAACCAGUGCAGGAUCUCUUCGACUUCAUCACAGAACGGGGGGCCCUGGCGGAGGAGCUGGCGCGGGAGCUGUUCCGCCAGGUGCUGGAGGCCGUGCAGCACUGCCACGACCGCGGCGUGCUGCACCGCGACAUCAAGGACGAGAACAUCCUCAUCGACCUCGCCACCGGCGAGCUCAAGCUCAUCGACUUUGGCUCCGGUGCCCUCCUCAAGGACACCGUCUACACUGAUUUUGAUGGCACGCGGGUCUACAGCCCGCCGGAGUGGAUCCGCUACCAUCGGUACCACGGGCGCUCGGCGACGGUGUGGUCCCUGGGCGUGCUGCUGUACGACAUGGUGUGCGGGGACAUCCCCUUCGAGCACGACGAGGACAUCCUGCGCGGCCAGGUGUACUUCAGGCACAGGAUCUCUCCAGAGUGCGAGCAUCUCAUCCGGUGGUGCCUUUCCCAGCGCCCCUCCGACAGGCCCUCAUUUGAGGACAUCUCCAACCACUCCUGGAUGCAGAGCGUCCACCUAUCCCAGGAGGCGGCAGAGAUCCACCUGCACAGCUUGCUUCAGGAGACGGGCAAAUAACGUCUCUGGUGUCUCCCGUAAGGAACGGACCGUCGUCUUGGGACUGUGGGAUUGAGUUGAGAUCAUCGCUCGGUGCAGUUCUCCGGAGCCAAACGCACCCAGAGGUUGGAUCCCAGCUGGACUUGGACUCAGUGGUCCUGUCUCACUUGAUGUUUUUUUCAGUAAACUUUGGGGUUUUCGUUCUGUCUCUGGGGGCUCCCGUGAGUCUUCCUGGCCUGCUGAAUUCGGGACUGUGAGAGGAUUGGAACUCUGAAAAGCUUCAAUGGGGGGAAGGCUGUCUGGGGAGGGCAGGGCAGGUGCUCUGGUCUGUGUGCCGUCACCAUCUUCGAGUGCCUUCAGUUGUGACGUGGGCUGUGCUGGAGGAAAUACUUGAAUUUUCCUACACUGCUGCUUUUCCAUGCCUCACCUGGGUGCAGAGCUACUUUUCCCAGAAGGAAGCAGGCCAGGAGGAGCUCAGAGCCCUGCGGCGAUGCCUUCCCCGAGCCCUCUGCUUCCCAAUGCACAAACAAUGCAACCCAACAGAGCUGUAAAUGCGUGUACAGAGUUAUUAUACAGGAGCAAAGCUUGGUGUACAGUUGUUAAUAAUGGUAAUGUUUUUGCCGUUUUUAUUCCCCAUCCAAGUUUUAAUUUAUUUUUGUGGAUAAUUUUUUAUUUUUGUUUUUUUAUUUUUGUUUGUUUUUUUGUUUGUUUGUUUUUUGCAAGGAAGAGCCUGAGCCAGGAGGAUAACUUAUUUAUUUAUUUAUAACCCACGUGGGUCCCCGACCCAUGCCUUGCUU